AUGGGUAUCGAUCUUGUCGCUGGUGGCAAGGUCGUUGGCAAAAAGAACCGCUCGUGCCCCAAGUCGGACAAUGUGUACCUGAACCUCCUCGUUCGGCUGUACCGUUUCCUCGCUCGUCGGACGGACGCCAAGUUCAACGACAUUGUGCUGCGUCGUCUCUACCAGAGCAACGCGAACCAGGCGCCUCUGUCGCUGGGCAAAGUUGUUCGCUUCAUGAAGAAGCACGAGGGCAAGAUCGCUGUCGUCGUGGCUACUGUCACGGACGACAUUCGUCUGCUGAGCGUGCCCAAGCUGACGAUCGUGGCUCUCAACUUUACCGAAACGGCCCGUGCUCGCAUUGUCAAGGCUGGCGGCGAGUGCUUGAGCUUCGACCAGCUUGCUCUGCGUGCUCCCAAGGGGACCAACACGGUGCUGCUCCGUGGCGCUCGUAAGGCCCGUGGCGUGUACGCCCACUUUGGCCACAAGUCGACGCUCGAGUCUGUGCACACGCACGACCACGUCAAGCCGUACGUCCGCAGCAAGGGCCGAAAGUUUGAACGUGCUCGUGGCCGCAGGAAAUCGCGUGGCUUCAAGGUGUAA